GUGGCGACAGAGAGCUGCAGUAAGAGAUCCAGUCCCUCUCUCUCUCCUCCAGGGCUAAAUCCCGUUAUCUGGGCGGAGAGACAGGGAGAGAGAGACCUGACCAUAUCCACCACACUGCCUCUCUGUUCUCACCCACAACUCCUCUGUGCAGGAACCGGCUAGUUAAUGUCAUCCAGACAGACAUCCUGAGGAGAGGAGAGGAUCUAACAGAACAAAGCGGGAUAUUUUACAGUUUUACUACACACACAGUGGAAAACGGGAUUAUAUGUUGCGUUUCUGCAGUUUUUGGACUCCGCUUCCUGCUUCCUCGCCUUGUUGCGCUACAGGAGCUCUCAUUGUGACUGGAGCGAGGAUCCCCUCCUUUUGUGUGGCUCUGCAGUUGUUUAUUCACACUCCAACUUCUGCCUCCUGUUUCCCCUAAGUGGAGGUUUUGUUUCAGUUUUUCCUUGUUUCGGCCUAAACGGAAUGAAUGACAAAAACAAAGGAGGUUGAUGUCCAUAACUCUCCGACUCACCUCGCCUUCGCCUCGCCCAAGGAACGGAGACUCCAUCUCCGGCAGAAGAUGGAAAGCGGAGGCGGGACGGAGGUCUCGGACAGCGGGCAGACGCAGCACGCGGUGCCCGCGCAGCAGCAGCAGAACCCCCGGCCUGAAGCUGCGGAGCUCCAGGCCAUGGUGUCCGCUCAGCCUCCGGGCGAGAAGAAGAAGAUAAACCGGGCUCCGUCCCCGGCCAGACCGAAGGAUGUACCCGGGUGGUCGCUUACUAAGAUUCGCGGAGGGAUUGGGACACCGACCCUGAGCGUCAAGCCGGGAGCUAUCCACCUGGGUAGCCGCAUUUCCAGGCGCAGCCCCGUGGGGAGUCUCGCUGGAAAGGACGGUAAGGUGGACAAGAGCGGUGGAGGCAAACCGGCGGGUAAAUCCUUCUCCUCCGCCGCCUUGUCUAAAACGGCCAAGACGGCCAAGAGCACCGGAGGGCGGAGGAAGGUGUCGGACGCCAGCAUAGGCUCCGACGAUUUAUCUAAGGACUCCGGCUGCACCACCGGGAAGCUCUCCCCGACCGACAGCAGCUCCGAGCUAUCGGACUGCGCCUCUGAGGAAAACAAGCUCUCCGCGGACGCUGUUAGCAGCGACGCCGAGUCGAGGAGCAGCCGGGGCGGGGGGCUGGACGGAGACAAGCCGCUCAGGGAUGGCGUGUUGGCGGACAGAGCUAGCCAACAAGCCGCCGCCAAGACCACCUGCUCCUCCGCGGAUAGGGACGACAAGGACCGGCUCUCCCUGGGUGUGGAGACCGGGGAGGGGAGCAUAUCCCCCGGCGACGAGCGCUCGGUCACCUCUUUUGACAGCAGGGUGCCUGCCAGCACAUCCCUGGCUUUCUCAGACCUCACAGAGGAGUUCAUGGACGGCAUGCAUGAGGAGUUUGUCCGGGAAAUAGAAGAGCUGAGAUCUGAGAAUGAUUACCUCAAAGAUGAGAUGGAGGAGUUGAGGUCUGAGAUGCUGGAGAUGAGGGACAUGUACAUGGAGGAUGACGUCUACCAGCUGCAGGAUCUACGGCAACAGCUGGAGCAGGCAAAUAAGACCUGCCGUAUCCUGCAGUACCGGUUGAGGAAAGCAGAGCGACGCUCUCUCCGCGUGGCCCAAACAGGGCAGGUGGAUGGGGAACUGAUACGAACGCUGGAGCAAGACGUCAAAGUGGCGAAGGACGUGUCCAUCCGUCUUCACAGCCAGCUGGACAGCGUGGAAAAGAAGAGGAGUCGUCUGGAGCAGGAGAACGAGGAGCUGAGGGUCCGACUGCAGGACCUGGAGGUCGCCAAACAGGUCCUGCAGCAGGAGAUUGACAAGAACUCCCAGAAGAAAAGAGGAGCACGACCCAACAACAAACCUGACAAGAAGCUCUGUCCACAGGAGGACAGUUCAGACCUGAAGUGUCAGCUCCACUUUGCCAAAGAGGAAUCAGCCCUAAUGUGCAAGAAGCUGACCAAGCUGGUGAAGGACAGCGAGGCCAUGAAGGAGGAGCUGGCCAAAUACAGGUCGCUGUACGGAGACGUCAACGCCUCGCUCACCGUAGAGGAGGUUGCUGACUCCCCCCAUACCCGUGAGGCAGAGAUCAGAGUCCACCUAAAGCUGGUGGAGGAGGAGGCCAACCUGCUGAGUCGACGCAUCGUGGAGCUGGAGGUGGAGAACAGGGGGCUGCGAGCUGAGAUGGACGACAUGAAGGGACCACAAGAUGGUCCUCAGGAGCUUACUGGUGUUGGUGGUGGUCUUGGCCUAGGAGGAGGAGCCAUGGUACUCGGGGGAGGGGCCUCAUCUGAAAACGUCAUGGAGCUCCAGAGACACCUCCAGUUUGUAGAAGAGGAGGCGGAGCUACUGAGGAGGUCUCUCAUUGAGAUGGAGGAACAGAACAAACUUCUGAUGAAUGAGAUUAACCGCUAUAAAUCUGACCUCCCACCUCCAACAUCCACGCUGUCGUCCAAUUCACUGGCGUCGCUAACGGACGGCCUGCUCAACGACAGCCCAGUGCACACUAUACAGGAAGGGGCGGUGCUUAUCAGCACAGACGCCCCAGCCCAGGAGGAGGAGCUCAGACUGGCCAGGCUUCAGAUUGGAGAACUGAGCGGGAAGGUGAAGAAGCUGCAGUACGAGAACCGAGUGCUCCUGUCCAACCUGCAGCGCUGCGAUCUGGCCUCCUACCAUUCGCCUUCCUCCUCCUCUUCUUCCUCACUACGACUGGCUCUGGAGACUGACGCAGAGGCUGGAGACUCAGCUGAGUGUCUCCCAAGCCCGCCUCACCGCAAAGAGCCAGUAGGGGGUGAGACUGACGCCCUGGAGAUAAAGGAGCGGAAAAAGAAGAUCGAGGACAACGCUGACGCACCAACCUCACUCCCAGGGUACCUGGGGCAGAAGGACCAUGAUGCCUUGCUGGCCAUGAGGGACCAGGCUCGCUUGGUUUCCACGGCGAUACAGCUCCUGACCUCCCCCGAGUCUAACUGCCUCUCCUCCUCCCCAUCCAUCUAUCACAAGGUCUGCAGCAACGAGGCAGCGGAGCCGUGUGACCUGGAGAAACCUCAGCCUCACAGCCAGAUUUCAGAGCUGUCUGACCUGGCGGACCGGCCUCUAGUUGGUGCUCUGACCAGCAGGCUCCAGGCCCUACACACACAGCUACAGGCCUUUGUGGAGCAGGUCGACAACCUGGGUAAACCUCCAGCAGGUGCUAGGGACCCUCAGGUGGAAGGAGCGUCUCCUCUGCCCUCACCCUGCACCUCCCUCCCAUGCUCUGGAGAUGAGCAGAAUGGACUGAACACUGCCGCGGAGAAGCAGCCUGAUUAUAGGGACCAAUCAGAGCCGGAGAUGAAAGGUCAAACUGAGGAGGACAGCCAAUCAGACAGCAAUGAGACGCAAAAGCAGGAAGACAGCCAGCUGGAACAGGGAGAGAAGGAGGCAGAUGAUGCACUGUGCAUCCAGUUCAGUGACCUCCAGGUUCGGCUGUCUGAAGCAGAGGAGUCGGCUCUUGGCACUCAGGGGGAGCUGGAGAAGGAGAGGCAGGCUCAAAGAGAAACCACUCUUAAACUCACACAGCUCCAGGACGAGCACCAGAAGGCUCUGCUCCGUCGGGACUUCCAGUUGCAGAGUCUGGGCCUCCAGGCUCGGCUUCAGCAGAAGUUAUGGAGCCAGGAGAGGACUCUGCUGGUCCAGGAGUCUCAGCACCUCAAACAGGCCCUGCUACUGCUCAGCCUCAAACUGCGCUGCUUCCUCAAACAGUGGAGGCUGGGCUGCAGGAAGGACACAGAGUGGAAAGACAUCUUGGAGAUGAACAGUCUGAAGGACCUCUACCUGCUGCUGGAGGAGGAGAACCUGACAAGCCCCGCCCACCAGACUGACAAGAGGGCUGCUGCAGACGAACAGCCACUCAGCCCCACUAUCAAGUCUAGCGCCGUGAGCAGCACCUUGGCAGACCUGAAGGUGGCGCUGCAGGAUCUGAGUGGAGAGUUGCGACAGGAGCGACAAGGUUCCCAAGAACUCACCCAGCAGUUUGCAAAGGCCAAGGCAUCAUGGGAGGUGGAGAGGACCGAAUUAAAGAGCCUCAUUACCCAGCUUGAGACCAAAGCAGGCAAAGCAGCAACAGCAGCUCUGUCUGCCUCUGAUGCAUUGGAUCCUCCAGACCUGAAGGUGGCGCUAAAGAGGGAGCGUGAGGAACAUCAGCACCUCCUGGCUGAGUCCUACGCAGCUGUGAUGGACCUAACUAAACAGCUUCAGAUUGGAGAGAGGAACUGGGGCAGAGAGAAGCUGGAGCUGCUGGAGAGGUUCGGCCAGGAGAGAGCUCAGUGGGAGCAGAGGCUGGGAGAGGCCACCGCACAACAGGGGAAGUCAAAGUCAUUUGGCAGCGAGUCUUCUGCAGACACAGUCGUCACUAAUGGAACAGGAUCAUCAAGAACCAAAUCCACAUCAGAGCUGGACGUUCCAGAGGUCAAUGGAGCAGCCAAUCAAGAGGAGAGGAUACACUUUGCAGCCCCACAGCUGGGUGACCUCACCAGGAAGAAUUGGACCUAUCUGACCAAUGAGACUCCAGAGGUUGGAGACAUCUGUAAAACCUGGGAUGGCCCCAGCGGCUCCUGCAGCAGCUUAGUGGCAUCAGAGCUGGAUCUGGAGUCUGUCCAGAGGAGCUACACUGCUCCAGACCGCACCGGCAUCCGGAUCUACUACAGCCCUCCUGCUGUGCGACGCAUGGAACAACAAAGACGGAGCCAGGAGGCCAAAGUGCCACAGCAGGCCCAGAACGGGAGCUCCUCCCUGGGACUGAGCGGCUCAAAUGUGGGCGUGGCUGCGGCGGAAACCCUUGAGGUUCAGCAGCAACAACCUUCAUCCUCCUUUUCAUCCUCAUACGAGCAGUGGCUGAGCUCGCUGUCCAAGCAGCACAGGGAGCUGCUGGAGAGCAGAAGCGGCUGUAUCGCCGGUUCGAUGCCCAGUGUUGCCAGCAACGGCGUUGGUGGCUCAGUUGAUGGGAUGACGGCCUCGUCAACUUUCCAUGGCCUGGAGAUCGGAGAGAUUUCAGCCAAUUUAAGUGAUGACAUGAAGGAGAUGACCAACUGUGUCCGACAGGCCAUACGCUCUUCCUCUCUGGAGAGGAAAUCCUCCAAGGAGCCUGGGAGUCAGGCUGUGGGCAUGUCCACCAGGUCCACACAGACUGCUGCGCAGUACGUCAGCAUCGGGCUUCAAACUGACCACCUUCCCAGCAGCAGGGGGACGGGGUUACACUCCAAAGCCUGGUCUCCUCGCCCCUCAGCAACCACCUCCUCGCUCGCAUCAGCCCGAACUCGUCAGAUUUCAACAUCCCUGGAUAAAGUUCACAGCCGCAUAGAGAGGCCAUGCUGUUCACCCAAGUAUGGAUCACCAAAACUACAACGCAGAGUGUCUUCUGGCUCCACCUCCAGACUAGAUGGGAGUUCCUCCUCCAGGGACCGGAGCCUGUGGAGCCUCCAGCAAAGAUCCAUCAGUGGAGGAGGAGGCUCAGCCUGGGCUCGCUCCACCACCACCAGGGACAGCCCUGUCCUGAGCGGCCUCACCGACGGCCUCUCCAGCCUCUUCAGCGUAGUGGAACACUCUGGAAGCACAGAGUCGCUCUGGAGGGGUGACGGAGGAGCCAGCCAGGGUGCCAGUCCAGCACGUCAGCCCCCUGCAGCAGGGAAACCCUCAGGUGCAGCAGUCUGCGGAUCUGACCCUGGCUCUCAGCGGUACGGAGGCCUGGUCCAGGAGUUCAUCAGGAAUGUCUGCAGCAGCCGUGCCCAGGGAGGAGUCACCCUGUCUGGGGAGAGAGCACAAAGAGACACCAAUGGCAGCAUCGGAGGUCUGGGUGUCUUGGGGAGUUUUGCCGGCAUGGAUGAGCCCAAGCCAGAGUGUGUGUCCGCCGGGAUUGGAGGACUCGGAGCUUUGGCUGCAAGCAAUGACAAUGUGACCAGGAUUGUCAACAAGAGGUUUAUGAGACAGACAGCCGGGGAGGAGAUGGUCAGUAUCAUGGGAGGAGGGAAAGAAGCGGUGAGCAACGCGGCGACUGCAGGAUCUGGGACAGAGGAUGCACCUUGUGACUGUGCUGCCCAGUCUUCCUGCGUCUCGCGACCAUCAAGAGCAGCAACCCGCCAUUCGCUCGGCCAGUGCAAGCACCGCCCACAAGAGCCUCCGGCAGCAACCGAAGAGAAGGGGGACACCUGCAACGAGUGAUGACACAUCUACUGCCAUGUUCAAAGACACGCAACACACACAAGCAAUACUGAUUCUUCACAAACACUGUACGCCACUGCCAUAAUAACCCACUUUUUCACAUCCCUCGCAUCAGCAAAUGUACACACACACCUACAGCCUGCCACACAGGUGCACUGCCAAAUAUAACACACACCGCUAGCACACUGCACAGACUGCCCCACAGACCCACUGCCACACGCACACAUUCAUAAAAACACACGCACACAUACACAGAACCCGGGCAAUAUUCAGCUUGUCUUGGACUGUACCAUUCUGAUGCCAAGGACAGGGAGGGAUGAAACCCCAACCCCAACAGAUCCAACCAACAUAAAAACUACCAGCAGGUCAUGAAACAUAAACGCACACAUAAUCUGACAUACUUAACUAAACAAGAACAACUCAACGAACUGAGGAGAGUCUAACAAGUAAAACUAUGAUGUCAGGACUGGAUCUACUAAAACCUUCCUCCCUCCUCAAUUUACACAAUAACAGGUACUACAAAUGGUCAGUUUUGGGCUGAGAAUCCACCCCAAUGACGUCAUAUUACCCCCAUGCUGUUGGACCAGCAGCCAUGUUGGAUUUACAAAUAAGCAAGGAGAAAGCGAGGACGUCGUCUCAGUCUGAAGAUGCAUUGAAAGUACACGUUACUGCUACAGUAUAAAACUGGAGAGGAGACGUCUGUCGCAGCUGGAAAGAUCUUCCACAUUGUGGUAGCAACACUAAACCAUCACUCGAGGAGUAAUCUGGAUGACACCUCAGAUGAUUCCCCUCCGAUCCUUGUCAUAAACACACAUGCUGUGCUGGGAAAUGCAAUUAUGCCUUUUUGAUUUAUUAGCACAAUAACAUUCCAGCGGGUGUCUCCAACACGGAUCUUAAAUCGGCCACGUCCUGAUGACACAUCUGCUUCAACUGCAGACUUCUAUUCAAUGUUUCUCCUAUUACAGUAGAUCCCAAAAGGAAGAACUCGAGGACUAUCGGACUACAAAUUCCAGCAUGACCAGAUUUGGACUCCAUUGAUGGAUGUUUGGACCUGUCAGCUCUAGAACGGAGACCAUUAAACUGAUUUGAGUGGACCUCCUACCAUUGUUGCUUAGUAGCAAACCUAAACAACAAAGAAGCUCCUGUCCACUGUGUUCCCAGGAGGACUUUGGCCACAAAAACAGGGACAUUUUGUGGCAUUGUAGCCAUGACUCAGACCUUGUAGAUGUAAGAAAAACUACUACUUGUUACCCUCUAAAGUCUGAUUUGGAAAAAUACUGUUUUGGUUUCAACCUGUUACCGCAGGCAGAAAGUGCCUGUUCGUUUCAUAUUUUGGAGAUAUUCCUUCACUGAUGUCAAGAUUCAUCCUGAACCCUUUGAUGAAGACAUGUGGUGUGCAGUUCUGCAGCACACUGUCCUGGAACACUGCAGUUGGUUACACUGAUUGGUUUCUGAUUGACUGCAACGUUACCUAAAAGCCCAUCUGCAGAGUUAAGUGGGUGUUGGAUAGAGAUGCACUGAUAUCACCAGUUUCAACUUACUUUACCAGUUUUAAAGAGUGCCUCAAACAACUAGUUUGGGGUCACGCUACAGAAGCCCAAACCAAGACAUGAGGAAAAAGUACGGAAAAUUAAGUCAAAGACUUUUGGAAUCUGAUUUACAUAAUUAGCCUAAUGCUGCGUUCACGUGUAAUCAGACAGCAAACUGGAUAUCACUUUAGUCAACCUGAGCAGGAUGGUAAAAUUAGGUGUGACUGGCAGAGAAUACUGUUUGUCCUCUGUGUGAAAUUUACACCUGGAUGUAGGUAGUUCCUUCACACAAGGAGAAAACAUGGGCAAUCUGGACAAUUACUGGAAAAAUUACAUCAAAUAACAAACAUGAAAUAAUCUUAUUCAGUCUAUUUUAUUACACUUGGUGUAAACAAUUCGACAUCGCCAUUUUAACAUAAGUUUUUUUUUACCGUCUUGUCAUUCAUCUGACUGUGUCUUCCCAUGCCAGAGGGUGUUGUCCAUUUGCCAUCUACCACCUGCCUGAUUCCAUGUGAAUGCAGCAUAAGACACAAUUACAUUAUUGACCUGAUAUCCAUCAGUUUUAUCGGUGCAUCCCUACUCUCUGUGCUCCAUGGGAUAUGAUGCGUGUCCAAUCUUGAAAUCUACCAUCAUCCAGAAACACCCUCUAACUCUAAAUCAUGUCCAAGGAGAAUUUAAUCAUGAUGCAUUCCUUUUAUUAGAGAGUCUUUCCAAGAUGUGUAUGUGUUCGUAUGUGCGUUUAGUCAUUCAAUUCUCAGCGUUCCAAUAUACCUAUCAUUUCUAGGUCUAGCGAAGGGGAUAGUUUAAAAAUACUUCCUCUUUUCUCUCUGCUCAUUUCUCACGCACAACUCUCCUCGUGUUGUAGUGCAACAGCGACGGCGUAGCUACUGUACGAAAUCUAUAGGCAUUUUGAAGAUGUAGCAUUAUAACGUGAUCUUGGUAAACAACAAGCUAAGAGCUGUGACUGUCCAUCUGCAGCCAGAGUAGUUAAGAGCACUGACAGUUUUUACUUUUUAAGAAAUAUAUUCAGGAUUUUUUUUUAUUUAUUUAAUUUGAUAAAUUUCAAAUUUAAAUGUAUAUCCUUCUCUACCUACACGGCAGUCAGAUCCAAUGAUAUAAAAUGUCUUAAAGUAGGAUGUCUGCACACUUAAGAGAAGUAUCUGGGGAAAGAAGUAAAAGGCUGUAAAAUAUGUUACAUGGAAAAUGACAUAAAUGUUCUUAUUGGUGAAUUGAAAACAAUCAUAUUUGAAAGGGAUGUCAUUCCAUUGCUUUCUCUUAUCCCUUUGUUUGCCAUGUCGCUCUCUUUCUAAUCAAUCAACAGAUAUUCAAAGUGCCUGUCAGAUUACCUAUUCGUCAGCUCACACCAAAACUGGACUCCAUAUAUAAAACUCAAACCUAGCAGGCCUUUUUUUUAAUGGGUAAGAUUGUUUUUAUGCACAUAAUUGAGAUCAGGCUGUACUAAAGCUACAAUAAAGUACUGUACCACAGUGGAGCGAGGACAAGAUGGUUUACAGGUAAAGUAGGAUAUAGUGUGUUAACUUUUUUUAUACCAAGGGUUAUUUUAUCUCUGGAAAGUAAAUUAUUUUUGUUUUUGUUUAUUUUAUAUGGAUGUUUUUGCUGAAAUAUUAGCCUGUUUCUAUUCUUUCUAUUUAGUUAUCAUGGUGCUACUUAGUGUAAAGUCUGCUGCGGGCUCGCCAUCUAUUUGAAUCUGUCUCUCCCACUGUUUGUGUAUGAGCUGCAGUCGAGCGUUUCUCCAUCUCUGCACACCAUUUAAUGACUCAGCAGUUUAAAACAGGGCAUUACGGUAACAGUGCAUGUAUUUAAAUAACACAGUGAGGAAAACCCACAGUCUAAAUGCUGCUUGUCUGUCUCCACUCCAGCCCUCACUGCUGGUAGAAAAUCAAACGUCUGAAACCGGUCACUGCUUCAAAAGCUAGCCGCCACAGGAAUAGACUGUCUGAUUUUUGACCACAAUUAUACAACAGGUAGUUUUAGCCAAGCGAUCUGAUGAAGUCAUAUAAGCCCAUUAAAAUGCUUCCAAGUGUCCCAAAAAGCACAGCUAAUAAGGUUGAACACACAUCCAUUCCUCUCUACAUUCCAGGAUAUCUUUUAAAGCUUCGUAGUUAAGUCACAAAAUUAAAGACCACAUUUAGUGUAGUCACUGAAGACGAUUAUCUUGAUGAUGAUACCUUUUGUGUUUUAACAAAAAACAGUAGAAAAGGGGGAAAUGCUAACAAACAGCUCCCUAAGACAUGGCUCGCUAACAAGCUAACAGGUCAACUUAGCAAUGCUGCUACAAUACGCUUAAAAAUGGGACAAUUUUAAGGAAUACUCCAAUGAAUUUCCACAGUUUAUAGCCAUAAACAUGGCUCUGUAAAGUUUGUAGCUUGUUUCUUCGCAGCUGUCAUAGGUUAGCAACUUCAGGGGAUUCCAACAGUGACCCAAUUCUCAGUUUACCACUCCUGCAGCAUAACCAACUACUUUGCCACCCCUCCAUAUGUUGGCUAGGUUUCUUACAAUCAUAUAUUUGCUAUAAUGUGGCUUAAUAUACGGUUUCUGUUCUCAUUAGCAUGGUUAGCUAUGUAUGCUAAUGUAGCCGCCAUUUUUAAACAAAGCUUUUGAGUGAAAUAUUCCUAGUCAGGAGGUCUGGCACAUUUUAUCAAACCUCAGUUCAGAUACAUCAAGAAUACGGAAGCUCCACAUCUGGUGUUAACGGGCACACUUUCCCAAAAACAUGACGAACAUACCAACAAAGUUGGUUUAAAAUCUGUAUGGUUAGCCAAGUAAACACUUGACUACAGACGUCCAUGUUUCUUCCAACCAAGAGCUUAAAAUAAUCACGAUUGGUAAUGAUACAUUUCCCACUUCUGUCAAACACUCGCCACUAAUCCAGCUUCUUACAGCACAUACUGCGUCUCAUAGCUGACUAGCUAGCCAACAUGUCAUUAUCUACACCCAAAA